AUGAUCAAGGUGGAAGGUUUCCUGCUCGCGCUCACGGAGCGACUAAGCCAACGGAUAAAGACCCAACGAGAAAAAGUGGAUAUAUCGGUGCGAGGAAUCGGUCAAGCAGAAACCAAGAUCAAACACAAAAUACAAGCGGUAGUGCGAUCGCGAGUUUCUCCUUUCUCGCAAGCAAUGAACUUCCUCGUUCUUCCCAACGUAACGGUACAUCUGCCAACUGCUACGAUGCGCACGAAUGGUUGGUCGAUACCACCAGGAAUCAAACUGGCAGAUCCCGCUUUCUUUGAGUCCAGCAGGGUGGACUUGGUACUCGGCAUCGAAUGUUUUUUCGAUGUCUUCGAAACCGGUCAAAGGAUCAACCUAGGCAACCAAUUGCCGACGCUGAAUCAGUCGGUUUUUGGAUGGGUAGUGUGUGGAGGUUCAUUCAAUUCUCAUCAGGAUCUGCACAUUACAUGCAACGCUUCCGCAACAGAAUAA